AAACCAAUUACAUAUUGCAACUUUUUGUACUUGGAUCAUUAGAAGUGUGAGUUUACAAAUUCUUGAUCUGAAUUUGAGUUGAACUUUUGCUUAACUUGCACGUUUGCGUUGCAUCUUCAGCUCUGUCCUCCUCCUCCGUUAGCGAUGUUUACUUACAUUCUGUUCAGCACGGUGUGUGGAUUGACAAUAGCUGCUGCCGUAUACGAGUCGGGGAGCGAUGACAUUUGCUUCGGGAGACAGGAUAUAAUAUAUGCCAGAAGUUGCAAAACUUAUAUUAAAUGUGUGAACGGAACGACAGUAGCCGUACACUGCGAUAAGUACAUGGUGUUUAACACGGAGAAUGGACAUUGCGAAUAUGCUUUUAACGUUCAUUCUCCUUGCGGAGUUUUCCGGGAUUGUUCGAAACUUCCCGAUGGUCACUACCCGGACACAGAACAAAAGUGUAUGCGGUUCUACACCUGCUGGAAGGGGUCUUUUCUUGGAUUCAACGCCUGUGCUAUGGGUCUAGUAUUCAAUGUCAGAAAACAAGUCUGUGAUUGGCCAUUCAACGUAAUGCCACCAUGCGGAAUCAGGUGACACACCUAGAGGAAAACCUUGCUACCUUCUUCUGCAACACAGCUACCUCUCACCUUCACCUUGUAUUUCUACACCUCAAUAAACUCCUUAGUAUCUAUAAAAAUC